AUGAACUGCAUAAUCACCUCUUUUAAAGAGUGUCCAAUUACGGGAACUAUUGCUAUCUUGCUUGUUGCUUUGUGUAUUUAUAUCAAAGUAAGAUAAACACAACCUAUGAUUUUAUACGGAUAAAAAGAAUCAGAGCAUUUGAAACCUGCUUUCAGCAAUAAAAAUUUCAACUCAAUGAAAUAUACGUCACCAUUCCUAUUGUUCAACGCAACAUUGCAAAUUUUUAAGCAUACUUUAUUGUCAGGUAACAAGAAAUUCAGAAAUAAGCAUAAAUUUCAAAGAGAGAUCUUUACAUUUAAAGAUGGAGGUACAACUGCGAUUGAUUGGGUAAAUGAGAUCUCUCCGAAAGGUGAUUAGAGACCACUUUUAGUAAUUUCAACAGGAUUAUGUGGUGAUCACAACGCUAUCUACAUCCUAGGUAGUAUAGAUUAAGCUAUAAAGUAGGGAUAUUGCCCAGUUGUUUUGAGUUACAGAGGAUCAAAUAAUAUGCCACUUACAAGCCCAAAUAUGUAUUGUAUAACCACUGGAAAUGAAUUUAAGGAGCCACUAGAAUAUCUCUACAAUAAACACUGUGUGAAUGAGAGGAAACAAAAGAAUAGAUAAAUUUUUUUCUUGGGACUUUCAUUCUCUGCCUAUAUGUUGGCAUUCUAUUUAGGAUAAGAAAGUGAUAAAAUAACUGUACCACUUGAUGGAGCAGCUGCUGCAGGAGCCUCUCACAGAGGCUAUAUAUCUACAGAUAAUAUGGAGAACUAUCUAUUUGGUGUGAUGGAUAAAUAUCUUAAGAAAAAGCUUUUUGGACUAUUCAAUAGGAAUGUUGAGAUUCUGAAAGGACCUGUAAGGAAAGCUGCAGGUAUUGAUUUAGAAGAAAUGUUGAAAGAUAAAAGCGUUAGACUUAGAGACUUUAACAAUCUUUUGGCUAAGUUAAAUGGUUACAAGGACAAUGAAGAUUAUCUCAUUCGUGGAUCUGUCAAUCUCACAUUCCCUCAUAUUCGAGUUCCUAUGUUCUUUUUGCAAAGUCUCGAUGAUCCUGCAAUUGGUGGAAAGCAUAUUGAUUAUGCAGGUUGUUAGGCUAGUCCUUAUAUACUUCUUGGAGUUACAAAGACUGGAUCACACUGCUCAAGCUAUGAAGGAUUGUUUUCAACAGAGAUGUGGUUCCCUAAACCUUGUCUUGAGUUUUUCAAUUCCUUCAGAAAUGACCUAAAAUGA